UUGGCUCCGGAAGAAGCAGUCGCCCAUGAACUAACGGUCGGAGUCAGCUACAGUUCGAUUUAGGGGGAUUUGCGGGCAGUUCCAGCGUCCAACGAUGGGUCGGAUUCCCCUGCGGCGGAGCCCUCUUGGUGACGCUCGCGACACCCAGACCGCCCACUGCACCUCCUCUGCCGCCACUUCCGGUGUGCUAACUUCCGGGCGCCAUGGCGGAGGAGCAGGAAGCCGUGCUGCCGCUGCCCGCGCCGAACGCUGCGGCCGGCGAAGGACCCGCCGAGGUCUCCCCUGAGACGGCCACGCCGGAGCCCCCUUCCUCCGCCGCCGUCUCCCCGGGGACAGAGGAGCCUCCGGGUGACGCCAAGAAGAAAAUUGACAUCUUGCUAAAGGCUGUUGGGGACACUCCUAUUAUGAAGACAAAGAAGUGGGCUGUGGAGCGAACACGAACCAUCCAGGGACUCAUCGACUUCAUCAAAAAGUUCCUCAAGCUCAUGGCCUCGGAGCAGUUGUUUAUCUACGUGAACCAGUCCUUCGCUCCUUCGCCAGACCAGGAAGUUGGAACUCUGUACGAGUGUUUUGGCAGUGAUGGCAAGCUGGUCCUGCAUUACUGCAAAUCCCAGGCGUGGGGGUGAAGCGCUGAGGAAGCAGCUUCCUACGUGAAAGGCUUGGGCUUUGUGGCAAGACUGAACAGUUGAUCUCACACAUUUGCUGUGGCGUUCGUUUAUGCAUCAAGAUUCAUCGAGUGAACAGACUCAGAAUGACAGGAUAAACGUUUAUGCAGAGACCGUGACCAGGGCCUGGCCUGGCCCUCUGCUGUUAGCUGCUGAGAGUUCCUCAUGCCCUCUCUCAAAGGACUGAAACUGUGCAUGGGAAAGUGUUCUGCGGACUGUUUGCAUAGUAAACGCUCAUUUUCCAGGGGAUUGCUUCACUCAUUCUUCAGGAACCCUUGGUUGGGAUGGGAGUUCUGAUUUGCUAUAUAUGUCCACUGUGUUACCCUGACUGGCCGGCAGAGUGCUUUGCAUAGUCCAGUAGAGGGCAGCCCGAACAGGCACAUGUGGCUUGAGAAGUGGCUUCACAUCUUUGCCACAUCUAACAGAGGAGGUGUGUCUUGAUCAUUUCUAGCUAACAUUUGCUAGGCAAACAAGCAUGUUGACAUGCUGGAAAACUCUUAGGGACUAUUCAAAGUUGAAAUUUAUUAUAUUUGGGAAAUAGGAAUUAUAAUGGUUCUUGAGUCCCUCUGCCAUUUGUAGAGCCUCAGGAGCACAGGUAAGUCUGGCACAGCAUUUCUGGAGGAGUGAUUGCACCUUAGCUUUGGGCAUGUCUCCUGCCGUCUUGCUGAUGCUGGUACACUGAUAACUUGCUUCAAGUAAGCUCACCUUUUCCUUCUUUGUGUAAUGCCGUAUUUCUUGUAAAGCAUUCCAAUAAAUCGAAUGGAUUAUGUGAACAGGAUCUAAGUAUGUGCUAGAAUUCCCAGUGUCUGUAGGAAUGGUAAGAUCUUCCAGGGCACGCAUGGCUGCUGCACAGUGGGAGGGCAUGCUGAGUAGCAGAUCCCUGUGCUGUUGAGUCCCCAUCGGCCCCAGAAUGUGCCUUCUCGGCUCCUUUGCUACCCAGGCCUCUAGUAUGGUCAACAGCGGGACAAUACUGACAGGCGGAAGUGUGCAGUUAAAAGCUUAUCAAAGAAAUUUCUGUAGAUGUCAGAGGGAAAGCAAGAAAAUGUAUUUUCAGGUCAGGUAGGUUAGGUAUAGCAGACAUGUGUUCCUUACUUGUGUUGACUUAAUUUACUGAAGGGGUGAGUUUAUUAUAUGCAUAAUCAUGUAAGGAAAUACCAGACAUAUAUUGAGUUUCAGUACUGUUUGCUGCUUAUGUUGUCAAAUGAUAAAAUAUUUACUACUUAAACAACCAAAAAUCUUA